AUGCCACAUUCACCUAACAAUCCUAAUGAUCCAGAGAAUGAAUUAGAUAUUCUCGAAGGCGUAUUUGAGAAUGUUCUCAACGGAACACUAUCUAUGCUUUUCAAGGGCCUUGUACCAAACGUUCAACAAAAUGAAUUGCCAAAUGAAGCAAUGAUAGGCGAAGUUAAUGGAGGAGAAGAUUUUAAAAAACUAGCUCGCAAGUCUCGCAUGAACAAAGAAAAUGGUGGUUCGGAAACUAGAAAUGACGAGAAUGAGACUUAUUCAAAAGACGAUAAUAAAUCUCGAGAAUUGGCUACUAGAGAUCUACAUCCACAACCAGAAAUACCUAGUUUGGUAGGUUUACUACAGCAUAUGUUGGAAGGCCACCGAGAGGACAGAAAUGCUACUAUUUUUCAAGGACAGCAACAAGACAAUAUUCCAGAACUAAAUCCACCGAGCCUUUUCCAAUUGUUCUUUCCAAAUGUCCAUGGUUCUGAUGAGAGAGAUUCUCGGCAAGUUGACUUUUCUUCUAUUUACAGCAGAUCAAACGAUAGAGAUGAACUUGGAGCCACAAGAUCGUCCGAUAUGACAGAGCCAGAGCCCUCGUCGAAUUAUUCGUAUUCGUAUUCUUCCACACGUGUCAUACAUCUGCCAGACGGAUCAGAGGAGGUUCAGACAACCACUAGACAAAAUGGACACACGGUAAUUACCAAACGUAUAACACACCCAGAUGGAACAGUGGAUGAAGUGCGCGAAGAAAAGAAAUCUUUGAAAGAAAAGAUUGCUUCAAUUCCACAAGAGGGAAAGAGUCUCUGGAAAUCCCUCUUUGGAUAA